CGCGAUCGGUUACCGUAAGUGAGGUAUGCCGGAAGUAAAAUUGUUCGUCUCUUCCUUGUCAGUGGUCGCGGAGGAUGGAGACUUUUCAUAGGUUGAAGCAGUUCGAUGCUUACCCAAAGACUUUGGAGGAUUUUAGGGUCAAGACAUGUGGAGGAGCUGUCGUGACCAUUGUCAGUGGGUUGAUCAUGCUCAUGCUUUUCAUCUCUGAGCUCCAUUAUUACCUCUCCAAAGAAGUUCAUCAAGAAUUGUAUGUUGACAAGUCAAGAGGGGAUAAACUAAAGAUAAAUAUUGACGUGGUCUUUCCAUAUAUGCCUUAUGGCACCCAAAGAAGAAGAAGAAGUGUUUGACCCCAGCAAGCUUGAUCCGGACCGCUGUGAAAGCUGCUAUGGUGCUGAAUCCGAAGAUUUCCAGUGUUGCAAUAGUUGUGAUGAUGUGAGAGAGGCCUAUAGGCGGAGAGGCUGGGCUUUCAAAAACCCAGAUACCAUUGAACAAUGCAAAAGGGAAGGAUUUAGCCAGAAGAUGCAGGAACAGAAAGACGAAGGGUGCCAAGUGUAUGGGUUUCUUGAAGUGAAUAAGGUUGCUGGAAAUUUUCAUUUUGCUCCUGGAAAGAGUUUUCAGCAGUCCCACGUCCAUGUACAUGAUCUUCAGAGCUUUGGAAUGGACAAUAUCAACAUGACUCACCAUAUCAAACAUCUUUCAUUUGGGAAGGAUUAUCCUGGAAUUUUCAAUCCUCUAGAUGAAACUUCUAUUGUUGCCCAGCAAGCUUCCAUGAUGUUCCAGUACUUUGUGAAGAUAGUUCCAACGGUCUAUGUACAGCUAGAUGGUGAGGUAGUAAAAACAAACCAGUUUUCAGUGACACGGCAUGAAAAAGUUGCCAAUGGUUUAAUAGGAGAUCAAGGCCUGCCUGGUGUCUUUGUUUUGUACGAACUUUCUCCAAUGAUGGUAAAACUUACUGAAAAACAGAGAUCAUUUACACAUUUUCUGACAGGAGUGUGUGCCAUCAUUGGUGGAGUAUUUACUGUUGCAGGUUUAAUCGACUGUUUACUAUAUCACUCUGCACGUGCCAUACAGAAGAAAAUUGAACUGGGAAAGGCAUCAUAAUGAAAAUAUUGUGACAUCCGUAAGAGUCCAUUACUGAAUGAGAUUUUCUGGAUGGAGACAAGGAAUUAUGUUGACAGUGACUGUAUCUACUAAGGGAUUGUACUUUGUGCCAACUCGAUAGCACAAGACAGUGAACAACUCAAAAAUGAGAAGUACUGCCAACUUAAGUAACUGCUGACUUUCUGCUGCUAUUUCCAGUAACACCAGUGUUUCCUUUGGAGAAACCGGCAUAUGUCUGCACUGUUUACAGAUGCUUAGCAGUGUAUUCCAGCUAUUGAAGAUCACCUCACCUGACUGUCUCUCACAAAAUGUUGCCUGCUUGUCUUCACUACCCCUCAUAAACUGAAGAGGGAUUUCUCAGUUGGCAUCUGCAGUGUUUAAGUUGGUAUUUUUCAGCUUAUACAGAAAAAGUAAUGAAAUUCUAUAUUUUUAUUUAAAAGAAAAUUGGUAGUUUUAAAACAUACUUUUCAACAGUUAUGGCCUAAAUUACUGUGUUUUAGUAUUUUAUUAUAUGACAGGAUCGGUAUCUGUUUUGGAUAUGUACCUGUGCAUUAUCAGUGAGCUUUGCCACAUAUUACUGCCUCGUAAUUCUGUGAACAAACCUGGAGAUGAUGUUGAGAAUUAUACAUAUUAUGAAUCAGAACACAUUAGCUGUGGAUAUUUUUUAUGUACAGGAUUACAUGAAAUGUGUUUGUACUUUUUUUUAUUGAAAAGUGACCCACUUCGAACUUUUUAUGCAUCAAAGAAGGCUUAUUUCACAUUGCAAGAUUUUUGAACAGUCCUGCAACAGCAUCUGAAAAUGAAUAGGAUUUUGCAGCUCUUAUCACAAAUACGCAGUUUUCAUCUUUGCACAUAGUAAUUGUUGGAUGAUAACCCAAAGAAUACUGAAGCUAACAGUUCAUUUCAUGGUUGCAGUUAGCUGUAUGGAUGAUAUGUGACAUUUGAUCUUAAAAUAUUGAAAAUCAUUAGCUGUGCACUCUAUUCAAAAUUUUUAUUUGGAGUAAUAGUAGUUUGGAAUGCUGCACUAAUUGAAGGCUUAUAUUUUUUUCUUAAUUAUAAUUAAUUUUCUUAGAUAAUGCAUUUCUGAAACUCUUCCAGGAGGUUUAUAUGGCUCCAAGAAUGAUGAGGUCUUUGGAAAAAGUGUUAAGACGUGGCUGUAUUAUUUUCUUAUACAAUACAAGUGAAUUUGUUGUUAUAAAAUGACGAGUUCUGUCUGGCAGUGUAAAAGGUGUUAGGCAAGCUGGGAAAAGUUUUUAUGAAGAUUUAUAUGUAGACUCUAAAGUCUUUAGCACAAAUCAGAAUAGAAGGUGUCAGUCCUGGUGUAUGUUAAGAAAAUGGCUUCAACAGCUGAAACAGGGAUUCUUCAGGUUCCGUUAGCUAAUACAGUAGUAUGUGGAAAUAGACCUGCUACCACUGUUUUGCAACAGCUGAUUGAAAUGCCUGCUGUAGUAGUAUUUACUGAAGUAGGCAGCUGAGAAAGAGCUGUGCAACAGUUUUAACAUGAUACUUUGUUCUGUUGUGCUUUAUCACUGUCAGCAUAAAGGACAUCUGAGGUGUUAAACAUCAGCAUACCUUGGAUUGUGUACUUUGUGUAUACAUAUAGGUGGGUAUAAAACAUGUUCUUGACUAGUGGAGGAACUUAAAUGCCAUAAAUACUAAAGUGAAUGUGGUGUAGAAUAAACUGGUAGAAGUUAAAUGAUGAGUUUUUGUAGAAAAUAGCAAAUGUAAAAUAUGCACCUUGCUGCUUUUAAAGUCUGAUAGCAGUGCCGAGAUGAACAUUCCCUAGACAACAUUACAUCUUGGAGUUACUUGUUAGUAUUAUUUAACAGUUUGCCGUCAAUUAACUUUUAACUGUUUUUUUUUAUUUGGAAGUGUUAAGCCCUGACUACUGGAGGCCUUCUUAUACAAAAAAGUUAGCAAAACCCAGAUCCAGUUGUGUGUGUUUUUGUACUGUAAGGUGGCAUAUUCCCCAGAAUGCAGAACAAACAUUUUCUGACCCCUUUUGGAAGGAGGAGAAAUAUUAAUGAACUGUAUUUUUACUUGUUUAACAUUAUAGCACCAAGAUUUAUUUUAAAAUUCUUGUUUGGGAAACUGUAAAAUUUGUAUUUUCAUUAAAAUUUGUUCUGAAAAAUUUCUAAAAAUGUUAUCGCACCUUCUGGGGACCUAAAUCAUGGCAGUAUUGUAUAGACAUAAGGUAGACCUUUUAGCUCAACUCUACAUAAUGGGCUACUGGUCUCUGUUGAUUUGCUUUCAGUUUACAUAAUAAACACCAGAUGUACAUUGAAUCACUCUUGCCAGUAAUGCUACACUGAAACUUGAAUUCAUCAACAGACUUCUUAUUAGAUUUCUGGAUGCCAUUCAGCUGUGCAAAUGUUGAGUGUGGUAUCAUUUUUAUUAAAAAAAAAAAAAAAAAAAAAAAAAAAGUUAAAUUGCUAUAAUUUAUGUCAUGUUAAAUAUACCCAGUAAGGCCAGAUGUUUGUUGAAGUCUAGUCAUUAUUUGAAAAUUUAAUGUGAACUGUUCAGUGGUUGAAACAGAAAUGCAUAGGGAAAUUUUAAAUGCUGUUGGUGAAGGACUAUGUAAUAUUACUUCUUUUGGUAAACUGCAGAUUUAGUUUUGGUAUAUCCCUUAACAGGUCUAGAAAAACAUUGUAAAUCUUUUGCCUUUUCAUCUUUACUGGGUUUAAACUUCGACCAAAACUCCUUUAUGAGCUUAUCAUUAACAAUCUGUAGUUCAUUUUGUUACAAAGCUUAAUCUUACCAUUACUAUGAAUGUAUUAAUUGCUGUAAUACUUUGGUGAAGGAUUUCAGUAACGUUUAUUUGGGAAAAUGGGCUUUUUGGCUUCAAGAUAGGGAAACUAGUGAGCGAUGGGAAUUAGAGGAGUGUAAUGCUCGUUUUAUCUUCUUUCCUAAGAUUGUUAUUUUUAUUGAUGUAUGUUUCAUGCCUAUGGAAGUGAGUCUAUGGCCACUAAAGUGUAUGUUUACAUGAAGUAAUGACAUUCGUUUCAUUACUGCUUUGAAUGUUUCUUUACAGUUUAUUUAUUAAAAACACUACAGCUUCCAACAUA